CCCACUACAUCUUAAUCAUAUGAUAAUCAUGUGUUUUCUUGGCAAAAUCCCAAAAUUAUAUUCCUCCUUCAUGGUUUUACUCUCUUUUGCUAUAAUAGCAAUGCAGCUAAGAGCUGUAAGUGCUGGCCACAGAAAGGUUGUUAGGAUUCUUGAUUUGAUCUCACCCAAUAACAAUGUCCAGCCUUCAACAGGAGAAGUAUCUGCGCAUUGUCGGUCUAAAAACAACGAUUUAGGGGUGUGGAAUAUGACCCAAAAUACUCAAAAAGAAAUCCACUUCCGCCCCAACAUCUGGAAGACUACUCUUUUCUGGUGUGACUUUCGUUGGGGCACAAAGGCCCAGGGCAUCACCGUAUACGACGCCAGUGAUGUUUCGUGCGACGGGGAAAGGUACUGUAAUUGGAAUGUGAAGACUGAUGGAUUUUACUUUGCCAAAGGGGAGUUUCCUAA